AGGAGACUGAUAGCAGCUUUCCAUUAACUGCUGCUCCUAUCAACAUGUUGCAUGCUGACAUUAAAGAAGAGGUCCCUGAAGAAAACAAUCCUGAUGUGGACCAGCAUCAGCUGGAUCUGCUCUACAUAAAGGAGGAAGGUGAAAGAAACUGUGGCAGCCAGAAUGGAGAGCAAGAGAAUUUGAAGGAGGAGACUGAAGAUACCAGGUUUCCAUCAACUGUUGUUAAUAUGAAGAGUGAAGAGGAUGAAGAGAAACCUCCAUUCUCUAACAAUAAUCAACAGCUAACAGAAGCCAGAUGUUUUACAACCAGCUCUUCACUUGACUGUUUAAAAGUGAACAUUAAAGACGGGGUUUCAAAUGUAGAUUCAAGGAAAAAUGUUGUAGGUGGUAAAAAGUUGAAAUUGAAAAAACAAAUUAAGACCAGCAUAAUAAUCCAUACAGGAGAGAAAUCCUUUGGUUGUGAUGUUUGUGGGAAAAGAUUUUCCUGGAAGUCACAUUUAAAAAUACACAUGAGAAGCCACACAGGAGAGAAACCUUUUGGUUGCAAUAAAUGUGGUAAAAGAUUUUCCAAAAAGUCAUAUUCAAAAAUGCACAUGAGAAUCCACACGGGAAAAAAAUCUUUUGUUUGUGAUGUAUGUGGGAGAAAAUUUUCCUGGAAGUCACAUUUAAAUAAACACAUGAAAAUCCACACUGGAGAAAAACCUUUCGGGUGUCAUGUAUGUGGUAAAAGAUUUACAGAAAACUCAUCCUUAAAAAGACAUAUGAGAAUCCACACAGGAGAGAAACCUUUUUGUUGUGAUGAAUGUGGGAGAAGAUUUACCUGGAAGGCACAUUUCGAAUUACACAUGAGAAGUCACAGGGGAGAGAAACCUUUUGGUUGUGAUGCAUGUGAUAAAAGAUUUUCCAAAAAGUCAUAUUUAAAAAUACACAUGAGAAUCCACAUGGGAGAAAAGUCUUUUGGUUGUGAUGCGUGUGGGAAAAGAUUUAUCUGGAAGUCACAUUUAAAAACACACAUGAGAAUCCACAUUGGAGAAAAACAUUUUGGUUGUGAUGCAUGUGGGAAAAAAUUUGCUGACAAGUCAUCCUUGAAUAGACAUAAGAGAAUCCACACAGGAGAGAAACCCUUUGGUUGUGAUACAUGUGGGAAAACCUUUUCCAGGAAGAUCAACUUAAAGUCACAUUUGGGAACCCACACAGGAGAGAAACCUUUUGGUUGUGACGUUUGUGGUAAAAUAUUUCGCAGAAAGUCAGACUUAAGUAGACACAUGAAAAUACAUAUGGGAGAGAAAGCUUUUGGUUGUGAUGAUUGUGGAAAAAGAUUUUCCGUAAAGUCAGACUUAAGUAAACACAUGAGAAUUCACACAAAAAAGAAACUUUUUGGUUAUGAUGUUUAGGAAAAACAACUGCUGAUUCAUACAAUGAUGUGAGAAUAUCAUGUAACAUUAUUGUAUUGCAUCAUGAGAAGCAAAUAGCAUGUGCAAGUGGACAUUAGGAUCUGAGAGGCAAUGUAAAUGAUUUAUAAUCAGAACCCGUGCGACUGUUAGCAUGUUGCCAACCCCUAAUAGAGUGCAGAGAUAAUGCAGUCUAACAGCAGCUGGAAUGUAGGACUUAUGGAAGUGCUCUAUUGAGUAACUGGGUUGCAGCAGUCUGUUGCUGAAUGAGCUCUCCAGUUCCACAACCUGACUCUCACAAGAUGGAUGUAGUUAGACCAAGCUCCACACAUCCAUCUAGGAUUGCUCCACUGGAGAUGUAUUUUGUCUCGUGACCGAAAUCACCUCUGAAGCACCAUACGGGUUGACUGUCUGGUUAUGCUCCAUGGCACAGGGAUAUGUGCUGACAAGCAUGUACCAUCAGACCAUGAUAAAAUUAUUUUGUACAGCAUACCUUACUGCAAUGAUACAGAGGAACCCUAUUUUAUGUCUGCCCUAAAAACAGUAAUGGAAACAGCGGCUAAAAAAGCAGAGUGGGGUGGGGCUGACCAAAGUGCAGCAAGAGGGAAAAAUGGUCUUUAAUGAUUCUGGUGGGGCACAUAUAGCCUCAAUUUUUGGUUUUUAAUAUUCUGUCAAAACACAUUUUCUUUUGGACUUUUUACCCAGUUGAAUUUUAUUGGUUGGUUUUAUGUAUCUGCUCUUUAUUUGACUUUUUUCUGUUGUUGCUCCCAGUGUUUUAUUCUGUUAUGUUCUAAAUUAUUUGCUUUUUAGGAUCUAUAAAAUACUUUGGCCAGCUGAGUUGUAUAUUAAAGUGCUUCAUUAAUAAAGUUGUUGAAUUGAGUUAUUUAUUUGUUACUUAAACGCCAUCUUGAUUUGUCUUGUGUAAAUAUUUCAAAAUCUAAAUCAAUGGAAAUUUGUCCUUCCGUUCAAUCCAUAAAUCCUGUAAAUUGAACCUAGUUAUUAUCUUUUACUAA